ACAAUGUCUCCUCUAGUCAUACUACUUGUGGUGUCAUUGGCUUCGCAGUGUUGGACUGCACCACAGAGGAGAAACUGGACUCCUCAGGCGAUCUUAUACCUCAAAGGAGCACAGCGACACCGUUCAGUAUUGGAGCGCACCAGCAGAGAUGAAGGGGACACUUCAUAUUUGGAGACUCCCAACCGGAGCAGUGAUGGACUGGGAUCACCUCUGACUUCUUUAAUUCUUCUGGAGCUCCUGCAGCAAGCUGUGGAAGAAGGUAAAACUCACCACCGCUCCGUCUGACCACUGUCUUAGCAGUUUCAACAUCUUUGUUUUCUUCCUCAGGUGGAGACAAUCCAGAUUACCGGGACAACCAAAAGCUGAAUCUAAACUAUUUGUGAAAGUUAUCAGAGACUGUGCUAUGUAGUUGUUGCAUUUCAUUAUAUCGAUUACAUUUUUCAUUAUGUGUUGUCGUUUGCAUUUACUUAAAAUUAAAUAUGCUGUAUAAAUGAAAUGCCUCGGCUGCAAGCUGUUGUUCCAUUGGGAUUCACAUUAGUGUCUCGCUUGUUCCUGAUGGUAGCUAGCAGUUUUCAGUGUGAACCGUGUGGGGAUUUCCUUUCACAGUUCCACUUCUCACAGGACUAUUUUUAAAAAAUGCUUCGAGCAACAACUUUGUGAUACACUCAUUCACACCACUGAGUGAUUAACACCAGGCGGGAUAAUGUUCGGUCAUACAUCAACACACUGUCCACAGGGGGGUCACUGAGAGAGUCAUGUCUGGGUCAGUCAGAGGUAAGCAGCUGAGAUUUAGAGGAGAUUAAGUUUCACUUCUGUUGAUAAAAUGACACAGGCAGGAAAAACGGAAAUGUGUGUUGUAUGUAGGGCAGCACAAGCAUUAAAGGUAAAUCCAUCCAAUAAAAUAGUGUCAUUAGAAAGGAUUUUAGAUCAAGAAAAAUAAGUACAUAGAAAAAAAAAAGACAGAUUUCAUCGAUUGACACAAAUU